GAGGCGGCGUGCGGCGGGCACCGGGCACCGCCACCGCCCCGCAAAGCACCGCACAGCACCGCCAUGCCCGGCUCCAUCUAUCAACCCGACGGAGGCGAGGCUGGUCGAGCCCCCCCUCGUUGUUUAGCUUUAUUAAAUCCUCCUCCAACCCCACCGUCGAUCGUAAGCACCGGGCAGGAACCGGAGACCGAAACGGAGAGGAGGGAGGGGCCGUCUCAAACGCAAGAAGAAGCUUUGAGAUUCGCCUUGGAUCAAUUAUCGUUAUUGGGUUUGGAGGAAACGACCGAACCGGGGGGGGGAGGAGGAGGAGGAGGAGGAGGAGGAGGAGGAGGAGGAGGGGGUGGGGAAGCGGAACCGGAGCCCCCCGGGAACAACCCGACUCUUCCCGGUACCUCUUCUUCACCACCACCACCACCAUCAUCAUCAUCAUCAUCAUCAUCAUCAUCCGUUUUCGGCAACUUCGCACCGAACCACCACCACCACCACCACCACCACCACCACCUCCCCCCUCUUUUAACCGACCAGAUGAACAUCCUCGGGAAUAGGAAAAAAAGCGUCAAUAUGACCGAAUGCGUUCCCGUUCCCAGCUCCGAACACGUCGCUGAAAUCGUGGGCCGUCAAGGUUGCAAAAUCAAAGCCCUGCGUGCCAAGACAAACACAUACAUCAAGACGCCGGUGAGGGGCGAGGAACCCAUCUUCAUCGUCACCGGGAGGAAGGAGGAUGUGGAAAUGGCCAAGAGGGAGAUCCUCUCAGCUGCUGAGCACUUCUCCAUGAUCCGAGCGACACGCAACAAAGUGAAUGGGCUGACGGGUGCCCUGCAGGGUCCCCCCAACCUGCCGGGCCAGACCACCAUCCAGGUGAGAGUCCCAUACCGCGUGGUGGGGCUGGUGGUGGGCCCCAAGGGAGCCACCAUCAAGCGCAUCCAGCAGCAGACACACACCUACAUCGUGACACCCAGCCGUGACAAGGAGCCCGUCUUUGAGGUGACGGGAAUGCCCGAGAACGUGGACCGGGCCCGCGAGGAGAUCGAGGCCCACAUCACCAUGCGGACGGGUUCCUUCGUCGACGUCAACGCCGAAAACGACUUCCACACCAACGGCACCGACGUCUGCUUGGACCUGCAGGGUGGUUCUGCCGGUCUGUGGGCCAAAGCUCCGCACCCGGCCCGCCGGCCCGCGGCCGCACUGCGCAACGACAGCCUCAGCUCCCUGGGCAGCGCCUCCACCGAGUCCUUCUACAGCGGGCGGGUGGCAGAUAACAGCCCCACCAGCCCCUACAGCACCGGCGGUGGAUUCACCUUCAGCGAUGCGCCGGCCCCGCUGGGCUCGGAGGAAUGUGACUUCGGCUUCGACUUCUUGGCCUUGGACCUGACGACGCCGAGUGCCGCCGCCGCCAUCUGGUCGCCUUUCGAGCGUGCUGCCAACCCCCUGCAAGCCUUCGGCGGCUCUCAGAGACGCAACAGCGGCACGGCCACACCGCGCCAUUCACCCACUUUGCCCGAGAGCACCGGAGGGGCCUUGGAGCACCCCUUGGCGCGCCGCAUCCAGAGCAACCCCGUCAGCACCUUGUCCUGGCUGCCCACCCAGGGCUCGCUCUCCUCCUUCUCCACCAGCACGGGUUACUCCUCCUCCUCAUCGCUGCCCGGCAGCGUCUCGGCCGCCUCGGGUUCACCCACCGACUCCAGCAGCUCCGACGGGCAUCGCAAGAGCUCUCGUGAGUGCAUGGUGUGCUUUGAGAGCGAGGUGAUCGCCGCCCUGGUGCCCUGCGGCCACAACCUCUUCUGCAUGGAGUGUGCCAUGCGCAUCUGUGGCAAGGCCGAGCCCGAGUGCCCCGCGUGCCACACACCGGCCACCCAAGCCAUCCACAUCUUCUCCUAGCCGGGGCCAGCUUGACGCGGCGAGCAGCCCCACUCCCCUCCCCUCCAACACAACUUUUUAAGGACUUGAAGCGGUUGGGGUCAACGCAGCCGUUGAGGUCAACGCAACCAUUGGCAUCAAGGCAACCGUUGGGGUCAACGCAGCCAUCGGGGUCAACGCAACCGUUGGCAUCAAGGCAACCGUUGGGGUCAACGUAGCCGUUGAGGUCAACGCAGCCAUCGGGGUCAAUGCAGCCAUUGGCAUCAAGGCGACCGUUGGGGUCAACGCAACCGUUGGCAUCAACGCGACCGUCGGCAUCAACCCUUUUUAUUUAAAGGAUCGGACUGGGGGUGCAGGGGUGGGGAUGGAGAUGCUAUUUUUCUCCCGCUGGAUGGAAGCCGGAGGGCAGGAUCGCGGGGAGGGAGGGGGCAGAGCAAAGGGGUCGGGAGGGCUGGGGAGGAAGGGGCAGACGAAGAUGACGAGGAAGAGACGCAGAACCGCAGAGAGGAGCAGAACCCAAUGUUUACAGAAUAGCUUUAACUCUUAGCCCGGCUGUGGCAGCUGGGGAGAGGAAGCCCAGCUGUUCUUCAACAGUCCUUUCCAAAUAACAGUAUUCAGUUUGCAAAGUUAAAUAAACAGAAAGAAAAGGUCCGGUUGCACUUUUUAUUUUAGGACACGCAAGGGUUGUCUUUUAUUUUUUUAAAAGCAUUCUAUUAUUAUUAUAAUUUUUUCGUUGUCGUUCUUUUUGUAUGUAGUUAUUUUUUUGGAUGAUUCUUGACGGUUCUAUAAAUAUAUAUAUAUAUAUAUUUUUUUUUGUAACACAGGUCUUAUCUUCUAUUUUGCCAAUGUGAAAACUGCCCAAAAAAAAAGCAUUACGAGGGGUUGGAGGGGUGAACACGGCACAAAGAGAAACGCAGACAGAUUUCUAUAUCUCCUUUUUGUUUCGUGGUUGGUUUUUUUUUUGUUGGUUGUUUUUUUCUUUUUUUUUUCCCCUUUUGUUGUUGUCGUUCUAGUUUUAUUUUUUUAUUUUUUACCUCUUUAUGUAUAUGUAGGGAAUUUAUAGGAAAAUAUGUACUUUAUUGAAUAAAUUUUAAAAACUAAAAUAUAUUUUAUUUUAAAAAGAAAAUAACGGACCUUUAACCUUACAUGGCUAAAGUACUGAUUAUAUAUUUGCUGAGCUGACUUGACGGUUAUGAAAAUUGUAUCAAGAGUUUUAUUUUUUGACUUCAAAGCCUUCUUAAUAAAGACUUUUUACUAUAUA